AUGGCGAAGCCCGUAUACCUUGCAGCCUCUUUCAACGACAGCUCUCUCUCUCCCGACGUGUCGUACCGGCGCCGCGUGUCGGCGGAGUAUGUCGGCUUUGGCGGGUACAACAGGACAGCGAUGGCGCGCGUCUCACGGAGUUCGUCGCGAUUCGCGACUGAAGAUGCGACCGACAACGCCGAUGACGUUUCCCUCUCCGCGACGUUCAACGACUCCGUGUCAGUGGCGACGAAGCGUACCAAGAGGACCUGGGAUGGCGUCUUUCUCCCGGUGUCCAUUUCCAUUUUUGGUGUGGUACUGUUCUUCCGGUUACCGUGGAUUGUUGGCGAGUGUGGGCUCUGGCUCACCCUUGUGGGGAUUGUGUUGAGUUUCCUCGUCACGCUCCUUGCUACGUGCAGCCUGGCCGCCAUAAGCACCAAUGGGUACGUUGGCGAUGGCGGGGUGUACAUGAUGGUGUCACGCUGUCUCGGGCCACAAAUGGGCGUCACGGUUGGAAUGACGUUGGUGCUGGCCAACACAUUAGCCUCGGCGAUGUACCUUGUGGGAAGUGUCGAAGCUGUCAUUAAAUCCCUCGGAAAUGAUACGCUCCUGCGUUGGCUGGAAACACAAACGUAUGGAGUAACAGUUGGAGCGAGUAGCCUCACACUGUUGUUCCUCCUCCUUGUCAGUUUUCUGAAGUUGGAUAAGGUAUUUCGAUUAAUAUGCUUCACACUAACGUUUGCUGCUUUGUUAAACUUUAUCAUAUCCGCGUUUGUGCGAACCACGCCGUUCCCCUCCCAAGGGUACACAACCGUAUCGGGUGAGACGCUGCGACGCAACUGGUCCCCCGACUUUACUGAAGGGACAAACUUCCAGAAGGCGCUCUACGUCCUCUUCCCUGGCGUCUGUGGGCUUAUGAGUGGUGUGUCAUGCAGUGGAGAGCUGAAAAAUGGGCCCAAGGCAAUUCCAAAAGGCAUCAUGUACGCAUGGCUUCUUUCAUUCGCCACAUAUUUGGUGACGGCUGUUGUGGUGGCCGCCUCGUUUGAGAGGAAAUUCCUCAAGAAGGACUACCAUAUUUUGGGGAGGGCCUCAUUUGAACCUCUCUUUAUCCCUGGUAUCUUUUGUGCAUCCUUUGCUGCAGUACUGUCUGGAAUGGUGGGGUCAUCGCGUGUGCUGAGCGCCAUCGCGACCGAUGGCAUUAUGCCGUUCUGGUUUUUUCGGUGGAUGGCUCGCUUUCGUCCAAAGGGUCGUCUGCAGAUUAGUCUACUGGUGUUGUACACCUGCAUUCAGGUUAUUCUGUUUUUUGGCAACACCUACACGUUGGUAUCAGCUUUUACAACGCAAGUUUUUUUGGUGACAUUUGUGGCCCUCAGCCUUAGUGUGUUUUUGUCUUCCGCACUAGGCAUCACAAGCUUUCGCCCGGUGUUCUCCUUUUUCAAUACCCUGACUGCCCUCAUUGGAGCGCUGGCGUCCCUUGCCCUGAUGUUCUUUAUUCAACCCAUCAUGGCCUUCAGUGUGCUGCUGUUCAUGUUUAUAGCGUUCGUGUUGGUGGACCUGUAUAUUGAUUUGUCGAAGGUGUACUGGGGUGACGCUUCACAGCCGCUGAUGUUUCACCUCGUGCGUAAAUUUCUUCUUCGCCUGGAUGAGCGGAAGGCGCAUGUGCGGCACUGGCGGCCGUCUAUCGUUCACGUUGUCACAGAUCCACUUUGUUCGCUGAAUCUUAUCCACCUCGCCAACAACCUAAAGAAGGGUGGUCUCUAUGAGGUCUGCUUCGUUUUGCGUGGCGAGUUCGGUGUUACCACAAAGGCUGUGUUCCGCUGGAAAGGAUGGCUCAUGGACUUCAUCGAAGCAAGCGGUAUAAAGGCGUUUCCAGUGGUGAUGUCCGCGGAAGAACUGCGUCCGGCGGUGCAGAGCAUGCUGCGGCUCUGCGGGCUGGGCAGCAUGCGCCCCAACACGGUGCUCCUCUCGAUGGAUGAGAUACUGCAGCGAGAGCACUUUCAAACUAUUUACAAAGCGUACAAGAGUAAUGUGGGAGCUGCAUUGGCAAUAGACGGACACCAGAGAGUUCAGUUUGUGGGCGAGGGUGCAAAGGAUGGCCGGUUACACCGCGUGGAGAGAUGCCAGGAGCAAGUCUCGUCUGUUUCUCUGAAGGCCCCGUGCGAUGCUGAGGGACAGUCACAUGAGAAGGAUGCACGAUCAAAUCCACCAGAGAGUUCCCCUGUGCAAAUCAUUGAAAGUCCUGGAAAAACUAUUCGCAUCGGUUCUUUCCCCGCUUCUUACCGGCACCGUGGUAUUCUCUGUGAAGACUCAUCCCUUCUUGGAGCUGGUAGUGGCGUUGCCACUGCCUCAGUCGCUAAAGAUCAUCCCAUGGGUGUGAGGAGUUGUGUGUCUGAUGAAAAAAAGAGACUUUUCUCCCCACUUGAUGUGGAUGGUGUUCUUUCAUCAUUACUGCUCCCACCAGAGGUGCACACCUUGCAGGAGGAUGCAUCUGUUGAUAAAAGGGAGGUGCAGAAUAGUGAGGAUGACUUAUCGAACAUUGACAAUAACUGGAGUGAAUGGUUGAAGCAAAGCAUGUGGGGGAAGAAGGGUUUGACACAGGAUUCUGUUAGCACUGAGUGUGGGGCUUCAACGACGAUGCAGCGGCGUGAAUCUGCGUCUCCCCCGGAAGAAGUCCCGAAAGGAACUGCAAGGGUGGGCGAAGGAGAUGAGGGCCAAUGGACUAAACGAGCCCAUGCGUACCGCACGAAGCGUCCGUUCCGUUGGGGUCUUUUUCGCUCUGGACGAACUAAUGCCGAUGAGGAUGAGGAACAACGCCUCGUUGAGCAGAUGGUGGCACACCGUCACAGGUCCCAAUUGAAAAGUGAAGUUGACCUCGCUGGGUAUCGUGACAAGACGGAGUUUUGCUGCAUCGCACGUGACGCAGCAAACGCCUACAUGAAUGUCGUAAUAGCCAGCAACAUGGAUCUUCUCGACACCGACGCGAUCGAAAAGAAGGGAAAGGAGCGAAAAUGGUUCAUUGACGUGUGGAUGCCGGAGGAGAACGACGCGACCCUCUUCCUCAUGGCGCACUGCUUCUGUCUGACAAGUGUGUGGAAGAGGCACGCCGUGGUGCGGGUAGUCUCCGUAGUGACAACAAACAAGGAGGUGCAGCAGGAGGUGCAUGAUAUUCGGUCGAUGCUCAAGUUACAUCGACUGGCAGCACAUCCGCGUGUGGUGACGCUUGAAGAAGAGAUGAUUCGCAGCGGUGUGAGCGAUAUUGCAACGAUGGAGCGCCGUUUUGACGAUCCACAAACGCGACCGGUUGUCAUCAAUGCUCUUGUGCAUGCGGAGAUUGAGCAGACACAGCAGCGCGUGGCGGUGUUGAUGAUGCGUGUACCGCCCUUCGCUCCGGUGCGGGAGGAAGUCGGGGACAGCAGCGCACUGGCGGUGCAGGCUGAGGCGUGGUUCGACUCGCUGCGGGUGAUGACGUCGAGGCUGCCGCCCUGCCUGGUGCUGGCCGGGGGCGCGCUCCGCUGCCGCAGCACGGACUGGUGA